AUGGUUAGCCUAUGCGGAUCCAAAAUGAAGCAAGCAGCGAUACGCAAAUUCAGUUCGACGCGAUCCUCCACUUUGACACCGAUAGAGCCUAACGGAAUGAAACGAUCAGUCCCUGGUCCGACCUCCCCUUGGCACUUUAUCAGUUUACUUCUUUACUCGGUACUCCGAAGACCUAUGUCGAUUGACACAGGUGUCAAGGCUGGUAUCUAUUUGUGCAUUUCUGCGGGUGGUUCUUUGAUUUUCGAUUUUGUUCGGGUUCCACCCACUUACUUUUCCAACAAGUACAAUGUCCUAAAUCAAUUGUUCAUCAAGUGGGGUUGGGGCUGGACAUGUGUGAGCUUGGCUACGUUCCUCGUCUUCUCCACCUUUGUAUACACUGGUGGCAACAUUCGUCUAAUGCGAGCACACAUGUUACGCAUCGUCGUUGGAACCGGUUGCUGGUACACCAUCACUGGCCUAAUUAACUUUGUGCACGAUACUACCGGACACUGUCAUCACCCAUCCGCGGAUAUUCUCAAUUCCGGCGUCAGGCCCAAUCGUCGCACUCCGUGCCACCGCGCUGGAGGAUCAUGGCUCGGAUUCGACAUAUCGGGUCAUUGUUUUCUGCUUGUUCUGUGCAAUUUGUGGAUAAUAGAGGAGGUUCGUUCGAUGCAAUAUUGGAACCGAUUGGCCGAUAUUCUCAAACCGUACGAUCAAUACACAGAUGGGAGCAGCACAUCUAGUUCCGACGCCUUGCUGUUGUCUAGGCGUGUUCCCCCGGAUGAAGCCAAAGUGAUGCGUUCGUCGUUUCGCCGCCUCACCGGUUCCGUGCGCCUUAUCUUCUCCUUAGUAGCUUGUUUAUCCAUGCUCUGGGAUUUCAGUUUUUUAGUCACGAUUGUAUAUUUUCACACGAUGCCGACCAAGCUGAUUGGGACCGUACUGGCUGUCGCUUGUUGGUUUGUGUUUUAUCGUGUCAUCUUCCGUGCUGCCAAGACUGGCGAUUGGUUUGGUCUAGCACCAGGGAUGCCCGGGGACAGUCCACUAGACUUUACGCCGAGACGUUAG